AUGUCUGUUCAGUUAUUGAGAUUGGGGAUGAUGAAUGAAGACCAGUUAACUGAACAAGCUUUGGAUCAGUUUAUUAAUUGCCCCAAACAGACAUAUGAAGAAUUUGUGAACAGUUUCACUCAUCUUUCAAAAGAUCAUGAAAUAAUUAAAAGCCAAACACGUGGAAAGGACUCUUCGGGAAACAUUUUUGCUAAUGCAGUGUCUCCUCAUGAUCAGCACAUCAGGAAUAUGGACCUCACUCUCAGUUUUGCAUCACAACCUCUAGAGGAAGAGCAGAUCAUGAUUGAUGAAGGCCAGAAAGUUGGUAUUUCCAUUCAAGAUGACCUCAAUCAGGCAAGAAAGGUAAAGAUAGACAAUUUCCUAGAUCUGGAAGAUUUUGACAUGAAUGAAGAAACUGACUAUGAGUUGAUCCCAGAGAUGCUAUUACUUCCAGGAGAGGCAGAAGAGGAACUAUCUUUCUCUGCCUCAGGCUAUAUGCCUUCUUUUAACCAGCAUUGUCACCCUGAACCAAAAGCCUGGCCAACAGAACAACCCACAUACAGGCAAGUGGAGGAGGUAUCUGAGAACAAAGUUCAGCCUUUCUCACUUGAUGAAGAAUUUGACUAUGAUAAUGUGAUGCUAACUCCCAAGUUCUCUAAUGCAGAGAUGAAAAUUCUAGAAAUGUACAGCCAAAGUAGACUGAACCCUGACACAAAAGCCAAAGAACCAUGUAUCUAA